GAACAACAAAUGACUCUUGAACAACUUCAGAGACUGAAUUCUGCAUUUCAGGAGCUGGAAAAGGAUGGCUACAGAUCAUUGGAUGUAGAGAAGUUUAAGCAGAUAAUGAAGAAGUGCAUGAGUCCACAUAGCACAAAUGAUGAGCAAGUUGAAAAGCUUUUCAUGAAAAUAGACUAUGCUGCAACAGGAAGUAUUCAAUGGAAUGACUUCUGCACGUACAUGCAGCUGGAGUAUGCCGAACAGGACAGGUCCUCCGCCCAGCUGAAGCAGACGGCCUUCUCGCUCCCCGCUGCGAGGCAGCAGCUCUCCCACGGGGAACCCGUCCUCCGCAUUUGUUCCCUGGCCGACCACACGCUAGUGACGGCUCGGGAAGAUGGUGUCGUGUCCUUCUGGUCUUCGCAGCUGAAAGUGAAACGAAGCAAGAUGAUUUUUGAGAAGACCGCCAAGAAGAAACCUAAGUGGAUGUUGGAUUUCACUGUCAUGACACAGUACAACAAACUCCUCCUGGGAACAGCUGAUCGCGAAAUCCAGUUGUACGAACUUUCCAACUUUGAGCCGUACUGCCAGAUCAGUGCCUUGGAAGCCAUCCCUUUGAGAUUGGACUACUGUUACACUGAUCAUGACGAGUGUAUGGUUCUCUACGGAGACGAUCAGGGCUGUGUCAAUAUUUUGCUCAUGUCCUCUGUGGGAGAACUCCUAAGAACAUGGAAGAAACUACCAAAAGGUGAAAAUCUGCCAAGCAUUUGCCUCGAGAGCGCUAUUCUCUCUCCCAGUGUGACUUACAUCCGCUGGAAAGUGCAUGAGGACUGGGUUACACAGGUGAAAAAAUAAAAAAUACAGCUGAGCUACUCUGUCAUUUGACCAGAGUGUGAGCAGCAGCGUGCUGAGAAGAAGAGGCUCAGCUACACAUUUACACUCUAAUGAAAAAAGUUUAAUUCAUUCUGUUCAUCUGUGUUUUUUUCCUUUCUACAGACACAAAAAACAGAAUAAAAAGUAGCCUAGCAGACUGUACCUUCCCGUGAGCACAACUUUGUAUUAAAUAUCAUUCUCUCUCAUUCUUUGUAGCUGAAUUACUAUGACUCCAUUAAAGCCGUGAUUUCUACCUCCAGCCAUGAG